AUGGUGAUGCUGUUGACACCAGGGUCCCAGCAUCUCCACUCCUUCAUCUGCCAACAGCCUAACUGGACUGAGAUCGUGAACAGGAAGCUCAGGUUCCCACCUCUACUCCUGGGUGCCAUCCAGGAGGGCCGACUGGGCCUUGUGCAGCAGCUUCUGGAGUCAGGGGUUGAGGCCACACGCAGUGGGCCAGGCGGGCCCCUGUGGAAUGUGGAAGAGGCCGAGGACCGCUCCUGGAGGGAAGCACUCAACCUGGCCAUCCGCCUGCGCCACGAGGCCAUCACUGAUAUGCUGUUGGCCAGUGUCAAGUUUGACUUCCGCCAGAUCCAUGAGGCCCUGCUAGUGGCAGUGGACACAAACCAGCUGGAAGUGGUGCGUCACCUGCUGGCCCGGCUGGAACGGGAGAAGGGUCGUAAAGUAGACACCAGAUCUUUCUCACUGGCUUUCUUUGACUCAUCAAUCGAUGGCUCCCGCUUUGCACCUGGUGUCACUCCCCUCACCCUGGCCUGCCAGAAGGACUUGUAUGAGAUAGCGCAGCUGCUCAUGGACCAGGGUCACACCAUUGCCUGGCCCCACCCAGUCUCCUGUGCCUGCCUCGAGUGCAGCAACGCCCGCCGCUACGACCUGCUAAAGUUCUCGCUGUCCCGCAUCAACACCUACCGUGGCAUCGCCAGCAAAGCCCACCUCUCACUGGCCAGUGAGGACGCCAUGCUGGCUGCCUUCCAGCUGAGCCACGAGCUCAGGCGCCUUGCACACAAGGAGCCUGAAUUUAAGCCUGAGUACAUUGCCCUGGAGUCACUGAGCCAGGACUAUGGCUUUGAGCUGCUGGGCAUGUGCCGGAACCAGAUCGAGGUCACUGCAGUGCUCAAUGACCUGGGUGAGGACAGCAAGACUGAGCCUGAGACUGAGGGCCCAAGCCUGGCCUUUGAGGAAGGCAUCCCCAACCUGGCAAGGCUGCGACUGGCCAUCAACUACAACCAGAAGCAGUUUGUAGCACACCCCAUCUGCCAACAAGUCCUGUCCUCCAUCUGGUGUGGGAACCUGGCUGGCUGGCGUGAAAGUACCACCAUCUGGAAGCUCUUCAUUGCCUUCCUCAUCUUCCUCACCAUGCCCUUUCUCUGCCUUGGCUACUGGCUGGCACCAAAGUCCCGGCUGGGCCGCCUUCUAAAGAUCCCAGUACUGAAGUUCCUUCUGCACUCCGCCUCCUAUCUGUGGUUCCUCAUCUUCCUGCUGGGAGAGUCCCUGGUCAUGGAGACACAGCUGAGCACCUUCCGUGGCCGCAGCCAGAGUGUCUGGGAAACCUCACUACACAUGAUUUGGGUCACAGGCUUCCUGUGGUUUGAGUGUAAGGAAGUAUGGAUUGAGGGCCUGCGCAGUUACCUCCUGGACUGGUGGAACUUACUGGAUAUGGUCAUCCUGUCCCUGUACCUGGCAGCCUUCGCACUGCGCCUCCUCCUGGCUGGACUUGCCCACAUGCACUGCCAGGAGGACUCCCAGGGGGCUGCCUGCCACUAUUUCACCAUGGCUGAACGCAGCGAGUGGCGCACCGAGGAUCCCCAGUUCUUGGCUGAGGUGCUGUUCGCUGUUACCAGCAUGCUCAGCUUCACCCGCCUGGCCUACAUUCUGCCAGCACACGAGUCACUGGGCACUCUGCAGAUUUCCAUUGGCAAGAUGAUCGAUGACAUGAUCCGGUUUAUGUUCAUUCUCAUGAUCAUCCUGACUGCCUUCCUCUGUGGCCUCAACAAUAUCUAUGUGCCCUACCAGGAGACAGAGCGGCUGGGCAAAUUCAAUGAGACGUUCCAGUUUCUGUUCUGGACCAUGUUUGGCAUGGAGGAGCACAGUGUGGUGGACAUGCCUCAGUUUCUGGUGCCCGAAUUUGUGGGACGGGCCCUAUAUGGCAUCUUCACCAUUGUCAUGGUCAUUGUGCUGCUCAACAUGCUCAUUGCUAUGAUCACCAACUCCUUCCAGAAGAUCGAGGAUGAUGCCGACGUGGAGUGGAAGUUCGCACGCUCCAAGCUCUAUCUGUCCUACUUCCGGGAGGGCCUGACGCUGCCUGUGCCUUUCAACAUCCUGCCCUCCCCGAAGGCUGUCUUUUACCUUCUCAGGAGAACUUGCCAGUUCAUCUGCUGUUGCUGUUCCUGCUGCAACACCAAGAAGCCAGAAAAUCCCCCCGUCCCUACCUUUGCCAAUCCCGGGGCAGGGGCCAUGCCUGGGGAGGGAGAGCGUGGAUCCUACCACCUUCGCGUCAUCAAGGCCCUGGUACAACGCUACAUAGAGACUGCCCGGCGUGAGUUUGAGGAGACCCGGCGGAAAGACCUGGGCAACAGACUCACAGAGCUGACGAAGACCGUAUCUCGACUACAAAGCGAGGUAGCCGGCGUGCGGCGGACUCUGGCAGAGGGAGGAACACCCCGGCCUCCCGAUGGUGCCAGUGUCCUCAGUCGCUGUAUCACCCAAAUGCGCAACAGUUUCCAAAACCUGGGGCCCCCCAUUCCUGAGACCCCAGAGCUGACAGGACCCAGGAUUGUGGGGACCCAGGAAUCAUCAGGAACCAGGCGUCAGGACACUGGAGAGGUGAGGACUCUGGCUUCUGGAGAGUCUGGCCCCAGAUCCCCAGCUCAUGUGCUAGUGCACAGGCAGCAGGAAACAGAGGGGGCUGAGGACCUGCCCCACAGGGAGGAUUCAGGGACGGAGGAGAGGAUCUGAUACAGCAGAAGUGUCCCUUCUGUUGCUGAGCGCAGUAGCCUAGGAGGGUGAGGGUGGGAGCCCCGUGGGAGGAACCUGUGCUGCUUUCCUUGCUUCAAUAAAGUUUCUCUUCUGGAUGUG